AUGGCUGGACGACGUCUCACGUUCCACUCGCCUUCAACUCCUCUUGGACGCGAUCCACAGAUUACAGCCAGUCCGCAGACUGACGAUAAAAGACUGCUGAUUGCUAUCAGCGGACUGUCUCGUCAGAUUAAUCUAAAUACUGCCGAUAUAAAGGAGCACUUGGAUUCUGUAGACUCCAGGUUGCUGUCCCUGGAGGAGAAGUUGGUGGCUCUGGAGUUAAACAGCGCGGGAGAGACGAACUCCGACAAGAGAAGACGGGUCCGCAAUCCCAAGCUUGCGGAAUCGGUACGUCGUCUUCACAACUCGGAGACGAAUUCCAGGCGCUACGAGCCAGAGCAAGGACUAAUCUCUCCUCGUAAUGAGGCGGUGACCUCAUUUUUGCUCGACACGAUAUCUGCAAGUCCACAUUUCCAUGAUGUUGAUAAAGACGUUAUUGUGUCGGCCUGUAAGACUUAUUAUGAGUAUUGCGGGCGGACGUCGCGAAGAGUUCAGCUCGGAGUUGAGCGAGAAGAAAGAGGCUGCUGGAAUUGA